AUGGAUCCAAAUACCCAACGCAGUCCAAAAAGGGCCAGCGCAGGCCCGUACAAGUUUAGAAAAAGGAUCAAGACAAUACAGUAUGCAGAUAACCCUCCGAGGCGGGGACCCAAGAAGAAGCUCGCCCCUGGCGGAAGACAACAAAAGCAGCAGAGGAUCUGGGAACAUGAGGAGACCUGCCAACUUUUGGCCCAUUUCCAAUGGAGCUUCAGUAACGGAGUUGAUUUCUGGAGUGUCACGUUUCCAAAGUUUCAAGACAAUGUCCAACCAACAUUCACCGAUGAUCAGGCUGAGAAGCAGCUGAAGCAUCUAUCGACCCAGCAUGGCCAGAUGGAAGGCGACAAUGACUAUGAGAACUUGCUCGAAUUUGGCCUCGAGUCGUUGAACCUACCAGAGGAGACCUCCAGAGAUGUUGAUCAGUUCUUCAACCGUAUACCCGACAUCAACGCUGGCCGGUCUGAAGUUGGCGGUGCACUUGCGAAAUGGUGUACUAAGAGGCUCUUGAUAUUGCCAGACGAAGAGAAAGACCAAAGUGUGGGCCAAGCUGACGAAGACUCCUCCGCCGAACCCACUCAACCCACUGAAGUGCAACAACCAUCUCACGGUUCAUCGCGCCUCAGUUCGGCAGACCAAAAUGCAGACAGCCCGUCCCCCAAGAGGGCUGAAACAACCGUCGAGCAACGUUCCGCCGAUUACCCAUCGCCCGAUGGAAGAGAGAUCUGGGAGAUCGAAACCCUGCUCCUUGCGUCGGAGAUCGAAAAAGAGCGACUCAAGAGAGAGCUAGAUGCUGUGGUGAAGUAUAAACCCGACGCCCGCGUGCAACACAUCCUCGAGCAAAAGCUGGAUUAUACGGUCAGAAGGGUCUACAGCAGUAGAUUUUUCAACGUCGAAAUUCCAGAAGCACUGGAGGAACAAACCAUGCGCAGCGAUCUCGCGGAGUCUUGGGCGCUAAUGGCUUUUGGACAAGGACUCAAAGAUUGCAUUCCUCGACUUAAAGAUUCCAGGAAUUUCAAAGUCGAGUUGCUCCUAGGACUAUUAGCUUCAGCAGUCAUUGAAAUGGUAUUCGAGCCAGCCUUCCCAGCAUUCAUUCACCCACCAAACCCCAUUGCAGAAGCCUAUCGGCAGAUUAUUAUGGAUUUUGCUGGAGUCAAUGAGCUUCAUCGAGCAGAUUGCAUUGUCCUCCCACAAGUGACUGACAAUAGCAGGGCUGAAAUUAUCCAGAGAAAGGUCAAGGAACUAGAACGUAUACUUUACAAGCACUUAGACUCUUUCUGGGCAUUUCCAGAUAACGACAAUGAUAACCUAGAAGAAGUGCUCAGGAAAAAGAUCAAUUUCGGUUCCUUUCUCGCGCCGGCGCUGGAGUUGAAGCUGGAUCUCAUAACAACUGCUACACGGCUCAAGUUCUUCUACUACGAGUCAGAUGAGCCCUUUGACGAGGAGUAUAUGGAGCGUUGCCCAUUUUCAGACCGUGAGAGAAACACCAUCAAAGGCUGCUUGUUCCCUCUUCUCUUGUGGCCCCGGGCUCGAGAGGAAACGGCAACUUCAAGUGACUACGUCCUCGAGCACAAUACCAAAUACAGCAUGUACUUCACGCGACUAACAGAGGGGACGAAUCUUGGUAAAGUAAUGCUUGUGAAGUUAUCAGGAGAACCACAGGCUAAGUACUCGAUCACGCUUUUCUCAGCACAGUGCCUGUGUACCAGAGGUCAGACUCAUGUACCAGGAGCCUGUCGAUUCAACUUUUCGUAA